AUGCUCAACCACUGCGGGAACACUAUGGCGUCGCAGACGCUGCCGCGCGACACCAGCGAGGAGAUCGAGACUGAUGCUUUCAGGGCUGACGGAAUGACCAGCAGCGAAGGCGUUGACUGCUCCUCCCCAUCGCUUCCGGUGCCCAGGGCAGCCGAGGGCGGCAGGAGAAGGAAGUCGAACCGACGCUGCCAGCAGUGGUCCGCCGACCCGCGGCCAAAUAUUUCUGACGACCUCUUUGAAGACGUCGUGGGCCAGUUGGCUGCCUACGAGGAGCCCACUCGCACGCCAUCCACAUCUGGAGUGCCUUCUUCGGUGAAAGACGACGCGGCGCCAAUGGGGGCAUGGGAGCCUGCUGUGGUGGAGGGCACACAUGGCUCCAUCGCCACGUUUGCCCAUUCGUUGGGUUUGGAAUACACGUGUCAUCCUGGCGACACCCAAGGCUGCGACUGUGCUCCCAAUUCCGGCAGCGCCCUUGGCUCCAGCGACGACGGCGCCCAUUCGGGCGAAGAUGGUUGCGAGGCACAGGCGGUGCUGGAUGCCCGUGGGACGCUGGCGCCAAGCGGGGAGACUUGGCAGGGGGGCCCAAUGGAAAAUUCCCAGAUGCAGAGCAUAGAAGACAUGUUGCUGUGUUUGCGCCGCCGUAUUGGCGAGCUGCAUGGGAUGAUAGCCUCGGUAACCCACGUAUCAGGACAACAGGUCGACCUAGACGCAGUGGGAGCAGGGGCACGCAUGGUGACCGGAGCGGACGAGACGAUGGGGGACAAAGCAGUUGGGACGCGGCGCGCUGGGACGCCCACGGACAGCCGGGACCAAGGGCACAAUGGUGACAACCUCUGA